UGCCAACGUUUCGUUCGCUCAGAGAAGCCUUCCAUUUCCAAUCGAUUUCGAACUAGCUGGUUGGGCUGGUUGGGGGGCAGCGAUGGAAGAUCAGAGUUCAUUGUUGGAGAUGCGUCCGGGGCCGUCGAUUUUCGUUUGGGAGGCACCCUGCGAAUCCAACCGCCCUCAUCGGUUUUCCUCUCAGAUGUUGCGUUCGAGUGUUGCCUUUCCAGCUGCGCCUCAUCCUUCUCUCAUCGCACGGGUUUAGCUCAAAGGGAUUUCUAGGUUUCGCAAAAAAAAAAAGGGAGGAAGAUUGAAGGAAAAAGAACUGGAGUAAUCAAUAUAGGAACCCCCAGUCUGCUCAUCAAUCUGAUAAUUUCUUUGUUAAUUUCUAGUUGAUGAAGGGAGAACCUCGAAUGGGAGACCUACUCACAUCAAAUCCCGUGAUUGAACUGGAAGGGGAUGAAUUUUGGCCACUUUCUGGGAAACCCUUUUUUGAUGUGGUUCUCACGAAAACAAAUAUCAAACGUCUGUACCAACUGGUGGUCCCAGGCAAAUUUAGUGCAACACUACCUUCCUGUUCAAUCCCUACGGUUCUCAUAUUUCGGGGCAAGAACUGGGAGAUGAUAUAUCAUGGAUCAUCCAGCCAUAAAAGGCUUGAUAACUGGAGAGCGUUUGCCGUUGACAACAAUUUGAAGGUUGGAGAUGCAUGUGUGUUUGAACAACUAGAGUGCAGCAGUACUAGGCUAGUAUUCAGAGUCCAAAUUCUUAGAGGUGACAUCUCAUCUGAAUUUCUAGACAAGCUCGGUGGUGAUAAUGUAGAUGCACCAAUUGUUCUCGAAUAGCAUAUGACGUAUUGUCUUUUACUGGAUGUUGUCAAUUUCCCGAAUGAGAUUACUUUCGGGAGCUAAUAUGAUUUGAAUUUGAUGGAACUCUAGCAGAGCCUAUUAAGGAUGCGAGAAUUGUAUGACUUUGAGCCCAUGUGUUCUAGUCUAGGAGUAACGGUGUCAUUUGACACGAUACUUUAGUAACAUGAGCAUCUAUUAUUGUUCGAAUACCUUUAAAGAA